UCAUGCUUGGGAUGUUUACUAUGCUUAGACUGCGGUUCCUGCUCGGAGUCAUGGCAGCUGCUACUUCCAUGCCUGGCAAGCGGCCAGAGCUCACCCCAAGACUGAGUGCCAAAGUGUUCGGGGAGUGCUACUGGGAGGUCAAGGAGUUGGCUGCGUUCUGCCGGUCUCAGGGUCUGCCCGCCAGCGGGCUGAAGGCUGACCUUACCAAGCGGGUGAAGGACUUCCUGGGCGGCAAGUGCCCUGAAAGGGUCUCAAAGGUUACGAAGGCCGACCGCGACAGCGUUGUGGCCGGCGGCCUGAAGCUGAGCACCCCAGUGCAGAAUUACAACAACGAUGCGGCCACCCGCAGCUUCUUCCAGAAGCACUGCGGCCAGGACUUCCGCUUCAACGAGUAUCUUCGCAGCUUUGCAAAGGGAACGCAAGAGGGCCUGACGUACAGAGAUCUGGUGGAGGGCUGGAAGGAUGCUGAGCAGAAGCGACGAGAAGGCAAGCAAGAGAUCGGGAAGCAGUUUGAAUACAACCAAUUCACGCGGGACUUCUUUGCCGCCAACCCCGGAGCUUCUCGUGCUGACAUGAUGGAGGCCUGGAGAACCGUCCGCAGUUAUCAGGGGCCAAACACCUACAAGGAGUUCCGCAAGUUGUCCAAGUGA